GGGAAGAGUUUGCUCAGUGGUAGGGAGAGACAGAACAGAAAACAUAUAAAAUCAAUGGAGUACAGGAGAGCUUUAAACUAAAUAUGAAAAACAAUAUUUAGCUCAUUUCUUCUUGAAGAUUUUGUAUGCUUAAUAUGUUUGGAUAGGUCUGUACUACAAAUUUAAAGAGCAGAAUGGGUGACCAAUCAAACAACGUCUCUUUUAAUGAUUUCCAGUUAAUUGGAUUCACAGACCUUAAAGGGUACCGGCCAUUACUCUUCAUUCCUUUUUGCAUCAUAUUAAUCUAUACAUUAUUUUCUAAUGCCAUUUUGAUGAUUGUCAUUGCAAAACAUAGUAAAUUGCAUGCUCCCAUGUAUAUUUUAAUUGGCCUGAUCGCAACUUUGGGCUUUUUUGUGCCGAUAUACUUUAUUCCAAGGAUGUUGGUCAGUUUUUUGUGGGACUGGAAUACAAUUACACGACAUGAAUGUCUAAUUCAAAUGUUUUGUCUGCAUUUUUCUGGUUGUUUUCAGUCCACCAUCUUGCUUGGGAUGGCUGUGGACAGAUAUUUUGCUAUUAUUUAUCCUUUACGUUACAAUGAUUUUGUAAAUUUGACAAACUCACUUAUUUUCUCUGCAGCUUUUAGCAUUCGAAACGCUGUUGUCAUUAUUGCCAUGGUUGGCCUAGUUGUGCCACUUACUUUUUGUAGAACAAAUAUGGUUUACCACAGUUUCUGUGAGCAUACAUCAGUUGUCAAUCUAGCUUGUAAUGAUAUUUCAAAAAACUAUUUAGCUCUUACAAUAGCUUUUGGGUUAACAUCCGCUGAUUGUUUUGUGAUAUUCUGCUCUUAUGUCAUCAUUUUUGUUGUUAUAUUUCGCUCUCCUUCUGGUGAAUCCCGCCACAAAGCCAUUCACACAUGCACCACACACUUGAUGACUAUAGCAAUAGCCUAUAUCAGUGUUACUGCUGCAUUUGUUGGGUAUAGAGUAGCUACAAUACCCCGAGAUAUCCGUAUCUUAACUAGCGCAAUGUAUCACCUUGUUCCUGCAAUAUGUAACCCUGUUAUUUAUGGUCUCAGAACCACAGAAAUUAGAACACAAAUUGUGAAAUUUUUUAAAUUUAAUAAAGUUACUACAUACUGAUGGUCAAAUACACUUGAUGUAAGACAUUUAUAAUAAGAGUUUUUUUUUUUAAUAAGGUAAUUAUCUGUUGUAAAAUUGUCUAUUGUAGCUUCUUUUUUUCUUCAUCCAGGAUGUCAAAUACAAGUCUGCAGAAAAGUUAGUCUCUAAAUUUCUAAACAAAUUCUUUUUUGCUAUUUUGUUGUUCACCAUUUGUGCCUGAGUUCAUUCUACUCACAACUUACUCUCUAUUAGUAUUAAGACUGCUGUUAGUUCCAUUGCACUAAUUUUACAAAAUUGUAUCUAAAAAAUAAAAUAUUUUCCAAUUGACUGCUUUAUUACUAUGUUCAUGCACUGUAUACUGUAGUUAAUUUUCUACCAAAUUGAAUAAACAUGAAUGCAUUCAUUAAAUUGUCAAAUUAUUUUGAAAAACAAUGGAUUAUUGUCAUACAUGCCUAUAGACUUUUUAAACUAUUAAUUAUGGUUGUGUAUGUUUAACGACGGAAAAAGAGGAAAAAACUUGAAUAUACAAGCCACUUCUCUGCGAUUAGAGUGACCAAUGUCAUUAACAUUUAGACCAAUGCAAACCAUGUUUACAGCUUGAUACGAUAAAAAUGACCUCAGCAUA